GACGAGCUGUGCACUUGCUUCUUUGCGCGUCUCAUGAACAGACUCAGCGUUGGUCUUCUCUCCAUUCCUGCUCAUCUGUCCUCCAUCCACAGCCUCAGCCAGAAUGGACUUCCUCGGCCAGAGGGACAUGGCCACGCCGCCGAACAACACCCCCGGUGGCUACAUCCCCACGCAGCAGCCGGACGGAGCUGCGGGACUUGCAGCGGACCCCGCGGCUGCGUGCGCGCCGGCCUCCCCCUGCCAUCAGCCCUCAGCGUACCCGCGGAACGAGGCUAAAACUUUUCCCUCCUCGGAGAAUAAAGACGCGGAAAGUAACAAAGCGUACGGGACGUUUAAAAACCCGGCGCCUCCUGCGCCCGGAUCUGUGAGCGCGAACUCGGCCUUCAGGAAGGAUUCGAGCCCCGGACGUGGAAGCGCAGAGCCACCGCAGCUCCCGACAGUGCGGAACAACUCCACCGCUAACUGGACGCCCAUGAGCCAAACCACCAUCAUACUGGGGACGGACGGGAACACAUCGGUGCAGCCCGGCAGCGUGACGCAGGAUGACGAUGACGAUGAUGAUGGCGGAGAUGAGAAUAAGGCCAGAGGAAACUGGUCCAAUAAAUUGGAUUUCAUUCUGUCUAUGGUGGGAUACGCUGUUGGCCUGGGGAAUGUGUGGAGGUUCCCUUAUCUCGCCUUCCAAAAUGGUGGAGGCGCCUUUUUGAUUCCCUAUCUGACAAUGUUGGGAAUCGCCGGCAUCCCCAUCUUCCUCCUGGAAGUGGCCCUGGGCCAGUUUGCCAGUCAGGGGCCAGUGUCCGUGUGGAAAUGUAUCCCGGCCUUACAAGGUUGCGGGAUUGCCAUGUUGAUAAUAUCUGUCUUGAUAGCCAUUUAUUAUAACAUUAUUAUGUGCUGGACACUGUACUACCUGUUCGCUUCGUUGAAGGGCUCACUGCCAUGGGCUAACUGUAGGAAUGAGUGGAACACGGUGGAGUGUAUGGACAAAGACAUGCUGCUCUUAGAUUCAUGUAUCCUGCGGAAUAAAAGCACGACAUUAAUCAAAGACACAAGCUUCUGUCUGUCUGCUAAUGCCGCGGGAAACUUGACAAAACUCUUAAACAUGACAAGAGAUGGAAAUUCCACCUAUGUAAGCCCCAGUGAGGAAUACUUUAAGUACAAUGUGCUGCACAUCUCCGCUGGCAUUGAAUAUCCCGGAGACAUCCGCUGGCCCCUGGCUGGCUGUUUGCUCCUCGCCUGGUUCAUUGUCUAUGCCUCUCUCGCCAAAGGAAUCAAGUCCUCUGGGAAGGUUGUGUAUUUCACGGCCACUUUUCCCUAUGUGGUUCUGGUGAUCCUCCUGAUCCGAGGAGUGACACUUCCGGGAGCAUUCGACGGUAUUUUAUACUUCAUCACACCGAAGUGGGAGAAACUCAACGACGCAAAAGUGUGGAAGGAUGCGGCCACUCAGAUCUUCUUCUCUCUGUCAGCCGCUUGGGGAGGCCUCAUCACGCUCUCCUCCUACAAUAAGUUCCACAAUAACUGCUACAGAGACACUGUCAUUGUGACAUGUACAAACAGCGCCACCAGUAUAUUUGCUGGCUUUGUCAUCUUCUCUGUCAUCGGCUUCAUGGCACACGAGUUGAAAGUGCCCAUUGAGAAAGUGGCGGACGAAGGUCCUGGCAUAGCCUUCGUGGUGUACCCUGAGGCUCUGACCCGACUUCCCCUGUCACCUUUCUGGGCUAUUAUCUUCUUUCUCAUGCUUCUCACACUUGGCCUGGACACCAUGUUUGCAACAAUUGAGACCAUUGUGACCUCGGUGUCUGACGAAUUCCCCAAAUACCUGAGGAAAUACAAGGCUCUCUUCACUCUGGUCUGCUGCAUCUCCUUUUUCUUCCUGGGGUUCCCCAUGAUCACGGAGAGCGGCAUGUAUAUGCUGCAGUUGGUGGACACGUACGCAGCCUCCUACUCCUUGGUCAUCAUCGCCAUCUUUGAGUUGGUGGGAAUCUCUUACCUUUAUGGGCUCCAGAGGUUUUGUGAUGAUAUCGAAAUGAUGAUUGGAUUUCGACCAAACUUCUUCUGGAGAAUCUGCUGGGCCUUCGUCACUCCAACCAUUCUGACGGGCAUCUUGAUUCUGAGCUUGUACCAGUGGAAGGUGAUGACAUACGAGAACUACACCUACCCCACGUGGUCCAUGGUUAUGGGCUGGCUCAUGGUCAUCUGCUCGGUCAUCUGGAUCCCCAUCAUGUUCGGCAUUAAGAUGUACCUUGCCCCCGGCACCAUUAUGGAGCGCUUGAAGCUGGUCUGCGCCCCUCAACCAGAUUGGGGCCCUUUCCUGAUGAAGCACCGUGGAGAACGCUACAAGAACAUGAUUGACCCACUCGGAACCAACUCUCUGGGCCUCAAGCUGCCUCCCAAGGAGUUACCGCUCGAUUCCUACCAGUAGAAGUUGCCCCUACUCCAAGCUCACAACCUUCAACCCCUUCAGGGCUGCUCAGAGGAGCUUGCUGUCUGACCGGCUCUUCCUCUGCUUCACCCUUCUCUGUCCAUAUUUUACGAUGUGAUCUACACUCUGUGCCUCAUAGUGUCAUGCAAAUAUUGAAUAGGUGCCGGAAAAGGCUUCACCACCGUGUGAGAAGGGUCAUCCCAGGCGGGCAUCCAAUCUAAACUGGAACCACCCACUACCCCAGAACCCUCAAACAGGGGAUCUUUAGCAGAAAAAAUGGGGUCACAACAGCGACACAGCUCAGCCAUGCAUCUGCUAUGAUGAACUUACAGUAGCAGCUCCCUAUAGUCAUAUAUGUGUGUGUGCGUGUGUGUGUUUGUGUGUGUAAGCCGUCUGUGCAAAGAUAAUAGAUCCUCUUGGUGCAAGCAGACAAAGGAAAACAAAAAGAAAAUUGAGCAGCAGUGCAACAAUGGUUCAGUAAGCUUAGCUGGGUUUGUUAUUUUUUCAUUUGUGUGUAAAACGUCCACAGGCAAUACAAAUAAUAAUAUAUAUAUAUAACUGCCUCUGUCCUGAAAAACCCCACACCGUAUAUUGUUUUUAUUCGGUACAGUAUAAAUGUAUUCACUGUAGCUGCAGCUCAAUUUCUAUUUCUUUUGGGGUAAAAAAAACAAACAAAACAAAAACAAACAACAAAACGUUGCCUCCUACAUUUGUGAAAAUAGUGAAUGCAUUCUCACUGUGGUCAGUUUUGUCUAUAUGCUUUGGUCUCAGAUGUGCAGUCGAAUGGAGGCACGGCUCUCCUUUUCCCAGCUUAAUCUGCAGGGAAACUUGUGAAGCCCUCCGUCUACCUUUAUUACAUUGUAACGCUGUCGUAUUUACCUAGAAUUUAAAGUAGAACAUUCACUAUCAUAGCAAGAAAUGUGUCGUAUUUAAUCCUUUAAUUGAGCGAGUUACUGAAACUCUAAAUAACAAUCCGAUAGUCACUGAAUACGUUUUAGCAUUAGUUGAUGUAUCUGUUGUGAAUUUGUCAAGCGCCUUGUGCAACCCAUCUUUACAUUAAACAUGUACUUAACUCUAUAAAUAGGUGAAAAUAUAAACAGCCAAUUUGCUGCUUCUCAUGAAAGGCAGCACUCAUGAGAACAACAGAAUCAAGUGGGUGCCCAUCUUACCUUCACAUCUAGCAGUGUUUUAUCGCAGAAAUAUGUAGUACGUGAGUGUUUGUCGGGUCCUCGCUCUUUGAGAGCAGCUGUUCUAUGAAAGUAGAUGUCCACUAGAUUAGGGAAAAUGGCCCGUGGUACUUCUGUCGGAGUGUACUUGUGUCUCUUUGUUGUUUGUGAUAGCGCUUGUGAGACCUCGUUUCCAUUUCAGACUUCUGCUUCUCUGCGCGUGCUCAUGCUAACAGGGUCUCAGGUAAUAUUGACUCCAACAGGCUACUCCAGGUAGCUGAAGGACUAUUAACGUUCAAGCGCAUAGGAAACAGAGUGUGGAGCCAUGGCUAUGCUUGCUAACAAAACGGAAGUGUGCGAAGAGGAGGUCAGAAUCAGACUCCUCACAUAAAUGCCUCCACUUCUCUGGCAGUUGGUGACGUUGCCAGUGACUAAAUAUGUUUAAUUCCCUGCUGCUAAAUAUUAUUGUCUCACACUGAAGUCGAGCAAUGCUAAAUAAAGAGCGCGGUUCGAGCACCAAAUCAUGAGCGGGGAUGAGCCAAAUAAGCACACUGGUGGGCCGGUUCUUCGACUUCCCCUUUAGCUAAUGUGGUUGAAACAGCACCAGCACCAACAAAUGAGCGGCCAGAGCCUCCCACAGCAGCAACCUGCUGCGCAAACCCAGCUGAAGUGGGACCUGAAUUCUGCUGGCACGGUGACCUUCAAAGCACUUUGGGAAGAAGUCAGCCAUUUGUUUUGAAAUAGUGAAAAUGCAAUUUAAUGCGGACAGUUAAACGCUUCAUCCUAGUAUCGAGCUGCUGCUGCUGCCUUGCCGGCGUUUUGGUUGCUGCAGGAAGAAUGGCAAUAACCGCCGCCGUGAUGGUCACAGGUCUCGCCGACACGUUCUCGAAGCCAUGCCUUUUCACAAAAGAGUAGCGCAAAUACGCUUCCGGAGGUUGAACCAACCCUAUAUUUAAUCACUUAAUGAGCACAAAAGUCAUGUUGUUCUGUAGCUUGCUUGAGAGUGUGUGCUUUUUACGGUUAUAGCUCUGUUUGUGUCACAGUGGUAACAAUGUACAGUUUGUCGGUGUAUGCUUGUGGGUGAGCGUGUGCGUGUUUGCCUCUGUGUUAGUUUCACUGGACUCAACUUCACGGUCACUCACAGUUUGCAUGGCCCGGUCCUCAUAGAUGAUGGCAGAAAGAAGUUUUAAAGGACUUUUAAUCCCCAGAAAAUCCUCUGCCCGAUGCUUCUCUUUGCCUUUUUUGAAGGUGUGACUUCACUCAGACAGAAAAACCUGCAUCUAUUACCGUAGGUGGCCACAAACUAAAUUUGAGGGUUUGAGAAGCUGUUUGGCAUUUGUUCCCAUAAAAUGUUUUGUGGAACUUUUAAAGGAACUUCCAGGGGCGUGAGUAAGAAGUGCAUUAUUUUGACCUUGUGUUGCAUUUCUGGGCUCCUGUUUAGACAGAACUUUAGAACAACGAAGAGCUUGCAUGUGCACUUUGUUUUGAACUUUCUGUCCAUAUGUAAUAAUCCUAUCGCUCCGUAGAAGUGAAAACUGCUGCAUGUUUAGGAGGCUUUUGGGUUGACGUUGAAAAGUUGCUGUUAUCUUUCCCGUUGAAAAAAAAAUAAUACACAAAAAGCACGAAUUAACUUUGCCUAGCAGUAAGCUUUGGGCAGUGACGGUAACCAAAGAAAGAGGAUUGAGAAAAUGGUGAACAGCAACAAAAUGUUAGAAACAAAGGAAUGUGUCAUCUGCAUAUAGAGGUUGAGAUACUGCCAAUCAUAUCCCAUGUAGUGUUCCUCGAUGUUUGCCAAUACGUUACAACACAUCUUCAGGUAACCAUUGGCCUUAUAGUUGUCUCUUAUGGUAGAAUAUUGUAUGUAUUUCAAACAGUAAUAUCAUCCGAUUGCUUAUUGUCUGUCUCAUAUGAUAACAGUACCACUAUUGUUAUUCUGUCUGUCGUGCCUUUUGGCCACUUUAUUGUGCGACCUAUGGAUGCAUAGGUUAAAUUUCUAAUUACUUGAGUAAUGUCAUACAUUUAUGUGCGUUCUAUGUGAGGCACUGCUGCCUAUGGAUAUAGAUAUGUGCCUCCAACAUGACAUACUUUCAUUUGAAAAUAGAGUAUAGAUAUAUGAUAAAUAUGUUUUAAAGUAGGUGUCAGUUGUAAAAAAGAAAAGUAUAUAUAUAUAUAUAUAAAAUAUAUGUGAAAUGCAUUUAUUUAUUUUUAAUGUCAUCAAUCUUUGAGGCUCUACCUCAGAUUUUGUAUUUAUGUAUAGAAAUUCAAUUGGACUAUAGUAUC